AUGGCGACGGGUCGCGGUUUUAUUUUUAAUAGCUGCUGGCGAUUCAAGAGAUGCCUGCGCCGCGCGCCCCGCAGCUCCCGCGUCCCGGGGUGAUGCGCCCAGGCUCCCGCCUAGGGUGCCCCUUUCCGCGUCCUCGGAUCUUCCUUGCCCGCCUUCAACUCCAGCUGGGCGCCCCUACAGCGCCGGGCGGGUAAGGUGGGCAGAGCAAAGCAAAGUCCACGCGGGGUCCCAGGAACCCGCAGCUCCAUGCGGGGGUUGGGGCCGGGAGGACUCGGUAUCCUGUCCGCAAUGCAACGCGACCUUCCUCCCGGAUUCCCACGCCCGCUGUCACUCGGGGUCCUUGAACCCCAAGGAGGUCUCCUCGCGUCCCCUCUGCUAGCGAGGAACUCAAGGCCGUGCAGGUCACGACGCGCACAACUCCCGGGAUAAGAAGGAGCCCGGCUGGAGCGCCCGCCCCGCGGCCUCGCCUCCCCGCCGAGCCGCCAGCGCCUCGGGACGCGAUGAGGACCUGGACUUGCUUGCUGCUCCUCGCCUGCGGAUACCUCGCCCAUGCCCUGGCCGAGGAAGCUGAGAUCCCCCGCGAGCUGAUCGAGCGGCUGGCUCGCAGUCAGAUCCACAGCAUCCGGGACCUCCAGCGACUCCUGGAGAUAGACUCCGUAGGAACCGAGGAUGCCUUGGAGACCAGCCUGAGAGCCCAUGGGCCCCAUGCCACUAAGCAUGCUCCCGAGAAACGACCUGUACCCAUUCGGAGGAAGAGGAGCAUUGAGGAAGCCAUUCCUGCGGUCUGCAAGACCAGGACAGUCAUUUACGAGAUACCUCGGAGCCAGGUGGACCCUACGUCUGCCAACUUCCUGAUCUGGCCGCCGUGUGUGGAGGUGAAGCGCUGCACUGGCUGCUGCAACACCAGUAGUGUCAAGUGCCAGCCCUCGAGGGUCCACCACCGGAGUGUCAAGGUGGCCAAAGUGGAGUAUGUCAGGAAGAAGCCAAAGUUGAAAGAGGUCCAGGUGAGGUUAGAGGAACACCUGGAGUGUGCGUGCGCGACCUCCAGCCUGAAUCCAGACCAUCGGGAAGAGGAGACGGGUGGAGAGCAGCAGGAGCUUGUGGCCCCAGGCUUGCCUGAGGACAGAAGGACCCGGAAGUGUCUCCGAGCCUGGGCGGGCCAAGUUUUCCCUCAAGAUAAACACUCAGAUGUGAGGUGAGGAUAACCCAGCAGCCCUCUCCUGGGACACGGAUGUACAUGGCGUGUUACAUUCCUGAACCUACUAUGUACGGUGCUUUAUUGCCAGCGUGUGGUCUUUGUUCUCCUCCGUGAAAACUGUGUCCAAGAGCACCCUGGAGAACAAAGCGACAGUGUGCAUUUGUUCAGUGUGACAUCAAAGCACGUAUUGUAGCACUCCGAGAGACAGCAGAAGCCUCCUUGUCAGCGAGAGAGAAAACAAACCACAAAACAUGACAAAAACAAACUGGACCCACAAAAUAUAUCUACGCGGUGGACGAAAGGGCUGCCCCGCGGGGUGGACGCGUGGCGGCUCACGGGAUGGAUUUCUGUCGGUGGUCACAGGUGCUCUUUGCCAAGGACGUGGAGUUGUGGACGCUUGUGGGGCGCCAGGCUCUGCAGGGCACGUGGGACGCGGGGUGACAGGAGCAGCCGCGCCAAUGCGGAAACCACAACUCCUGGCUGUCGCGCUUGGGUCUAUCCGGGGCCUUCCCCAGAGCCUUAAGUGGGUGGUUUUUUUUUUUUUUUUUUUUUUUGUUCCUUUGUUUUUUUAAUUUUUUUUUUUUUACACCAUAAAGUGAUUAAGCUUUCCUUUUUACUCUUUGCCUAGCAUUUUUUUUUAAUUAUCUCUUGGAUGACAUUUACGCCGAUAACACACAGGCUGCUGUAACUGUCAGGACCGUGCCACAUGUGUGUUUCCUAGCAGGAUGCAACUAAUGAGAUGUAUUAAAAUAAACAUGGUAUACCUACCUAUGCAUCA